GAAUGAUGAACGUUGUAGUGCAGUGACUACUGACGCAGUUAGAAAUAGUUCAAUGUUACUGUUGCAUCCAACUACAACCACUAACACCACCCCUAUCCUCACCAUCAGCACCACCACUAAUCAUCAUCAUCGUGGUGACAACCACCGGAAUCAUUCAAGUCCUAACCGUGUCUGUUCAUCGCCUACUCAAUCAUGUACACAUCCAUUGUCUGUAUUCACUGAUUUCUCCAAUUCAACUACUGCUACUACUACUACUACUAAUCAUAUUAACAACAAUACUACUUGUAAAAAUAAUGGAAGUAGUAUUGCAAGUUCGAGUGCGAUGAUAAAUACUACUGAAAACUUGAUAACAGCUACAACAACAACAACACCGACAACAUCAACUCAUAAUUCAUAUACACCAAACGACACGAUCAAUUCAAAUCUAUCAAUGACACAGAAUCAAUCUGAAACCCCACCUACUAUACCGGCUAAUAAUGAUGAAUUGACAGUUUGCAACAUGUCAGCAAACAAUCAUUACAUUGAUCCUACUGGAACUUGGGCGAAUUCUCAUUCCCCUACCUCUUGUUGUUCUUCCCGACCAUCAUCAUCAUCGCCGUUGCUACCACCAGCAUUGACGAUCACAGGAAUAACAACCACACCCAACAGCAUGACCACCCCAACAACAGCCGUGGUAGCUACAUCACAGCUAACAUUGAAUAGUUGCUCUUGCACAUUGCCCUCCUCCUUCAACUCGUCAACAUCAUUAUCACCAUCUAUACAACCGUCAGUACAAUCGUCAUUGAUGACGCCGUCAUCAACUACUAUCACUACUACUACUACCGUUUCACCUCCUGUCUCCUCUUCCCCCUGCUCCUGUUCAUGCUGCUCCUCCUCAUCUACGACAACAUUCAUUCCAUCUAGUCAAUUUAGUAAUGUGACAUCGCUGACUUCCACUAGUUCUACUACUACUACCACUGCUACUACUAACUGUCCAAUCAUUAAACCGGAACGACGAUGUACCGGUGUGAAUACUUUGUUGAAUAAUUCAAAAGCAACAUUAACUGAACCAGAUUUAUUGGGACCAUGUGAACCGGGUACAACAAUUUGUUUAAAUGGUAUUGUAUGGUUGGAGACAACAACUGGUGUAUUAGUUGUCAAUGUAACAUGGCGAGGUCGAACUUAUAUUGGUACUUUACUCGAUGCAACGCAACAUGAUUUUGCACCACCCUGUCCACGAGAUUAUAUACCUCCAUUUAAAUCAUCUAUACGAUCAAGUAAUCGUACAAAACGUCGAACCGGUAGUGUUGGAACAAAUUAUAAAACAAAUUUAACUAAUCAUCUUACUUCUUCUACUACUACUACAACCGCCACUACUACUUCCACGAACUCGAAUCCGACGACGGCCGCGACCACCACAACAACAACGGAUUGUAAUUGGAAAUCGACUCCUACUACCACUGGUCGACAUCAUCGAUUACGUGGUCGAGUUGUAAAUCCACCUGUAGUUAGUACUACUAACGGCACUACUACUACUAAUACUACUAACAAUAAUAGUAUUAGUAGUAGUAGUGUUGAUAUCAUUUCUACAACAAUGCAUCAAAGUUUAACUAAACUACCUGAUCCAGUGACAAAAACAGCAACAACAAUUAUUCCAGAAGAAUUAGAUUCCAUUCAACCAUGUUUGUCACAUGUAUCUGACGAAGAACAAUCAACACAAAACAACAGCAACAAUAAGAGAAAAUCUAAGUUAGAUUAUAAAAAUUGUAAAUUAUUUCAUGGUAAUCAUAGUAAUAGUACAUCGUCAAGUGAUUGUCCAUCAGAAAUACUGCCGGAUUUAGAGAAAUCAUGUGAAAUUGAUGAAUAUCCUGGGAAAACUGAUUCACCGCUUGCAGCUCCAAAUACUACUACUACUACUACUGAUAACACUAUUAUAAGUAGUAAUUUUGAAGAAAAUGAUGAAUUGCAUGAAACAUUUCCAAUUGGUUGUCCAAUAAACGGUUGUAAUAAACGUUUUUCACAUGUUCUCGCUUUACGUUUUCAUUUGAAUCAUACAUCACAUUGUAAUUUAUUGAAUUCAUCGAAACAACAUGUUCCUGCAAGUUUAAAUGGGAAGAAACGAGAUACUACUGAUAAAAGUGUUAGUGGUAGUAGUACUAUUGGUAGUUCCCUAUCACCAUCACUGCCAACUAAUCUACCACUCUCUGAUUCAUCGCCUACAACAGUCAUCACAACAACACCGACAGCAACAUCACCGUCAUUCUCAUUACUACUACUACCACCACAUCAAUCAGUAGUGAAACAAGAAUCCAGUAUGGACGAUGUGAUGACACAUCAACCGAUUCCUCUUCCUACUCCUACUCCUACACCUACACAACAAUCCAUGUUCGAGUGUUAUCAACCGAAAAUCUCUAUACCAUCAAAUCAUCAUCAUCAUCAUUUCACUGAUCGAUUAUGUCACAAGAUCGAACAAAAGUUACUGCCCGCCAACGAUUACACAAUCAGCCAUGAUAAUUGCAGUAACAAUAUGAAAACACUGACACAUCAUGCAACACAUAAACAUUAUGGUAGUAAGAAACGUUUAUGUAAUAACAAUCAUCAUAAUACUACACCUUUGGAUGUGACUUGUGUGAAUACUAAUACCAAUCAUAAUGUACGUACAGUGACAGCGCAUACAGUUUCAGUGCCUCAUGGUUCAACAUUGGACAUGGUAGGUAGUAAUUCAAAUUCUCGGUCUAAUCCGUCAACACCACAACAACACCAGCAACAGCAGAAUCAUUCUAUUCAUCAUGUGAAUUCAUUGCCUUAUUCAAAACGUACCACUGCAACCACCUGUUCAUCGUCAUUCAGUCCACGUGAUUACACUAGUAAUAGUAGUGGUGCUAGUAGUGGAGGUAAACAUAAGGCGGGUGGACAACAGGUUUUCAAUAAAUCAACCAAUCAAAAUAUAAAAAUCGAUAAUAAUAGUAACAAUAAUAGUAAUUGUACAGCAAUGAAUUAUUCUCGUCAUAGUGCUAGUGAAUUGACCAAUGAUGAUCUGAUCCAAAUGGCCAUGUGUCAUGGUUUAUCCAAUACUACUAGUAGUAGUAACAGUAGUAUGAGUAGUAGUGGUACAUUGUCGAAACUAAAAAAUUCCCCAAUGAAUCCACAUGAAUACAAUCCAACCUCAUCAUCAACAUCAUCAUCAUUAAUGUUUCACAAUGCAUGGCAAUUUCCAUUACCGACAUCGUUGUCGUUGUCGUCGGCUGCGGCGGCCGCCGCCGCCUACACAACACAAUCGAUCCCAUUCACAUUCAAUGAACAGAACAACAAUAGUCAUAAAGAAGAAGAGGACUCAUUGAAAGCGUCAGCAUACUCCACAACUCUGCCGACAAUGAUGCCUCCUAAUUCUGCGAUGAAUGUUACCAGUAAUAAUCAGCAUCAGCAUCAACAUCUUAUGCAUGAGAUGUCGACUAUGCUGCCGUCGAUAUUUCACGAUGCUAAACAGUUUAUCCCGCCUAAUUAUCAUCAUCAGCAACAUCAACAGCAGCCACAGCAGCAGCAUCAUAAUUUACUGAAUACAACUACAAAUCAGGGCACUGAACUUAGUACUGCUGUUAUCAAUACUACUCACAGUACUACUACAACAACUACUACUACUACUACCAAUAACAGUAGUAAUAGUAAUAUGUAUUAUGGUAGUGGUAUGCCAGACUUUCUAGUUGCUGCUUUAAACACACUCACAUCGAAUAAUCCAACAUAUUCAUGUUUACCAGAGAUUUUUAAAUCGUAUUUUCAUCAACAACAGCAACAACAUGCCUUGUUAAAUACUACUAAUACUACUACUAAUAGUAGUAGUAGUAAUCAUUCAAUCAAUAAAACAAUGAAUUUAUCACCCCCUUCAACAAUGCCGACAUUAUCCGUAUCAGCAGCGAUGAUAGAUGGAGAUGAUGAGAGUACAAUGAAUGCGCAUCGAUUGUUGAUGAGUAAUUCACAGCUAUUACAUAAUAAUAAUAAUAAUAAUUUUGUAAAUAUGCCAAAUUUCGUAUCAUCUCAUACUACUAAUAGUAGUAAUAGUACUGGUAAUUCAAUUAUCAAUUCAGAAAGAUUUGAUCCAUUGAAAUUAUCUGCAGCUUAUUUGAUGCAGUACACAAAUCCUACAUCAUCCAGUUCAUCAGUUCCGUCAACGUUUGGCAAUAGUUUAAUACCAUAA